AUGUCGCUCUCAGUGAAGAAUUUCUUGGCUCAGUACUCGCCAGUGUCCGGAACCGAGUUUACAGAUUCGGAGAAAGACUCGAGAGAACCGCUGGGAAAGGAAGUGGGCGACAUUGAGUCCGCGCCGUCGGGCUCGUCUGAGAAUCAGAUUGAGAAAAGGAGCUUCAAGAUUGUCGAUGCGCGCGUCGUAUCAGAUGCCAUCAUCGGGCUGUCUGACGGCAUGACCGUCCCUUUCGCCCUCACGGCUGGUCUGUCGACUUUGGAUGACACCAAAGUCGUUGUAUUUGGCGGGUUGGCAGAGCUGAUCGCUGGAGCCAUCUCCAUGGGAUUGGGAGGAUACCUUGGUGCCAAGAGCGAAGAAGAGUCAUAUCGCGCAACGCUGAAGCAGACGUGCCAGCAAACUGCCACCGACCCGUCUGCCACGGCGAACAUGAUUUCCGACAUCUUCGCCCCAUAUGAUCUUCCCGCACAUGUCCUCUCAGAGCUGACGACUCACCUCGGUUCCUCUCCCAACUUGCCGUCGUUCCUGAUGAACUUCCACCACACCCUGCCCGAGCCAUCGGGUUCUCGGGCCUUCACAUGCGCCCUGACCAUCGCCCUGGGCUAUUUUGUCGGCGGCUUUGUGCCGUUGCUGCCGUACUUCUUCGUCGGGCCGCACGAGGCGAUGUAUGCGCUGUGCUGGUCCAUCGCGACCAUGAUCGUCACCCUUUUCCUGUUCGGAUACGUAAAGACGUGCUUCGUGUCGGGGUGGAAAGGCACGGGGAACGUCCGACGGGGGUUGAUAGGAGGAAUCCAGAUGGUGCUCGUGGGAGGCGCUGCUGCCGGAGCAGCCAUGGGGCUGGUCAAAGCUUUUCAAGCUUUGGCAUCUGAGUCUUAG